AUGCAGAAAACAUUGCUUCCAGCCCGAGGCAGCUCCAAGCAGGCUGUUGCGGACUGCGGAGAGAUGGGCCUCGACUCGUUUUGGGACGUGUCCCCGGUCCCGACUCUCGUCGUGUCUCCAACCCACCGCAUCCGCAAAGCGUCCCAGAGCAUCGCGAGCAGGUGGGACCGCGACGUCAACGAUCUCGUCGGCAACAACGUUUUCGUCGUCCUCUACGGGGGCUCGCCGCUCGAGCGCUUCGACCGCAUACCGCUUGCCAGCGCAAUCGAGAAUGCCGUGGCCGGCCGGGCCUUGGCCCUGUGUCCCAACGCCUACCACCAGGGCGCCGUGUCUUGGUCGGCGCGAAUCGUGCCGAUAUUCAAGGGCGAGCAGCUGCAGUUCCUGGUGCUCGAGUUCGACACGGACGAGCACCGACACGCCAAGGUUUCCGGCAUCGACGGCUACCUCUGCGACCGCAUGGUCGACGACAUGUUCCGGCUCCUCGUCGACACCGUCAAGGACUACGCCAUCUUCCUCCUCGACACGCGCGGCUACGUGGCGACGUGGAACGCAGGCGCCGAGCUGCUCAAGGGCUUCCAGAGGGAGGACAUUGUCGGCCGGCACUUUUCCACCUUUUACGGCCAGGCCGACCUGCGCGCCGGGAAGCCGGAGAAGGAGCUGAUGACGUGCCUGCGCCAGGGCCGCGUCGAGGACGAGGGAUGGCGCUACCGCAAGGACGGCAGCAGGUUCUGGGCCAACGUGGUCAUCACGGCUCUCUACCGCAACGGCGUGCACAUCGGCUUCGGCAAGGUCACGCGCGACCUGACGGAGCGGCGGGAGAGCGAGCUGCGCCUCAUCGACGCCUACGAGGAGAGCUCCAAGCUCAAGAACGACUUCCUCGCCAACGUGAGCCACGAGAUCCGGACGCCCAUGCACGGCCUGCUCUCGGCCUGCUCGCUGCUGCUCGACACCAACCUGUCCGAGGACCAGCGCGAGACGGCCAACAUCAUUGCCGAGUCGGGCCAGGUGCUGCUCGGCGUCAUCAACAGCAUCCUGGACUACUCCAAGCUCGCCUCGGGCACCUUCUCCAUCACCUCCGACGUCUUCGGCGUCGGCGACGUGGUGGCCUCCGUGAUCCGCACCGCGCGCACCACCGUCGUGCCCGGCGUCCACAUCAAGUUGCAUCUGGCGCCCAACUUGCCGAGACGGGUGCGAGGCGACCAGCUUCGCUUCCGCCAGAUCAUGCAGAACAUCAUUGACAACGCCGCCAAGUUUACGAGCGCAGGCUACAUAUCCGUGUCGUGCUCCGUCAGGGAAGAGACGGACACGGCCUACUCCAUCCUCACCGAGGUGGCCGACUCUGGCAUCGGCGUCAAGACCAGCGAUGCCAAGAAGCUGUUCCAGCCCUUUAUGCAGUCCGAGGUGUCCAUCAAGAAGCGCUUCCAAGGCACAGGCCUGGGCCUGUCCAUCGCCAAGUCCCUGGCCGUCUUGAUGGGCGGCGACCUGGGAUACAGACCCAACUCUGAGUGCCGCGGCAGCGUAUUCUGGUUCGCCGUCAGGCUCGACAAGGCGGCGGCGGCGGCGGCGGCGGCGGCGACGACGGCCAGCGAGCCGCAGGAGGCUGCGGACAAGACGCCCUUGCCGGCCAUGGCGGGAAACAAGAACUCGGCCGCGGUGCUGGACCGACUCAAGGAAGUCGGGGCCACGACGCGCAUCCUGGUCGCCGAGGACAACAUCAUCAACCAGAAGGUCCUGGUGGGCAUGCUGCAGUCCUUCGGGCUCAAGAACAUUGCCGUCGCCCCCGACGGCGCCCAGGCGGUGUCGGCGCUCACCGGCUCGCCCGACAAGUUUGACCUGGUCAUGAUGGACGUCAGCAUGCCCGUCAUGGACGGCUUCGAGGCCACUGCGCACAUCCGCCGCCUCGGCAGCCACGUGCCCAUUCUGGCCAUGACGGCAAACGCCCUGCGCGGCUACAAGGAGAAGUGCAUGCAGUCUGGCAUGGACGACUACGUCCCGAAGCCGGUCAGCAGGAACCUGCUGCUGCAGAAGCUACUGCUGUGGCUGGACCCGAUGAAGCAGCAUGCCGUUGAGUCGAGCAUGGCCAUGGCCAUGGACCUGCUUGAAGCGCCGCCCAUGCCCCCCUCCGAGCCCUCUACUUCCCAGGUUUGCAGCGGCGGGUGA